ACAAGCUCCACUCUGUGCUCAUAUUUCCUUGUUCCCUCCCCUUCAGAUCUACAGUUUGAAGAUGGGUGUAACCAACAUGUGAUGUAGCACAAGAGCUGUCAGGCUCCAUUUCCUGCAGAGACACAUGUUGUCCAGAUCAGAGCUCAAACUUGUUUCAUUUCUCAGGAAGUGAAACUCAGACAGUCGUUACCACUGAGAGCUGAAAUGGCACAGAAAGGAGUUCAGCUGGACCGAGAAACCUUCUCUUGUUCCAUCUGUCUGGAUCUACUGAAGGAUCCGGUGACUAUUCCCUGUGGACACAGCUACUGCAUGAGCUGUAUUAAAGGCUUCUGGGAUGAAGAGGAUCAGAGGAAGAUCUACAGCUGCCCUCAGUGCAGACAGACCUUCACACCGAGGCCUGUCCUGGGGAAAAACACCAUGUUAGCAGCUUUAGUGGAGCAGCUGAAGAAGACUGGACUCCAAGCUGCUCCUGCUGAUCACUGCUAUGCUGGACCUGAAGAUGUGGCCUGUGAUGUCUGCACUGGGAGGAAACUGAAAGCCCUCAAGUCCUGUCUGGUGUGUCUGGCCUCUUACUGUGAGAAACACCUGCAGCCUCAUUAUGAUGCAGCUCCAUUAAAGAAACACAAGCUGGUCGACCCCUCGGAGAAGCUCCAGGAGAACAUCUGCUCUCGUCAUGAUGAGGUGAUGAAGAUGUUCUGCCGUACUGAUCAGCAGAGUAUCUGUUAUCUCUGCUCUGUGGAUGAACAUAAAGGCCACGACACAGUCUCAGCUGCAGCAGAAAGGACUGAGAGGCAGAGAGAGCUCGAGGUGAGUCGACAAAACAUCCAGCAGAGAAUCCAGGACAGAGAGAAAGAUGUGAAGCUGCUUCAACAGGAGGUGAAGGCCGUCAGUCGCUCUGCUGAUAAAGCAGUGGAGGACAGUGAGAAGAUCUUCACUGAGCUGAUCAGUCUCAUCCAGAAAAGAAGCUCUGAUGUGAAGCAGCAGAUCAGAUCCCAGCAGGAAACUGAAGUGAGUCGAGUCAAAGAGCUUCAGGAGAAGCUGGAGCAGGAGAUCACUGAGCUGAAGAGGAAAGACGCUGAACUGAAGCAGCUCUCACACACAGAGGAUCACAUCCAGUUUCUACACAACUACCCCUCACUGUCACAACUCAGUGCAUCUACAGACUCAUCCAGCAUCAAUAUCCGUCCUCUGACAUACUUUGAGAUUGUGACAGCAGCUGUGUCAGAGCUCAGAGAUAAACUACAGGACAUCCUGAGGGAGAAAUGGACAAACAUCUCACUGUCAGUGACUGAAGUGGACGUUUUACUGUCAGAAGCAGAACCCAAGACCAGAGCUGGAUUCUUAAAAUAUUCACAUGAAAUCACACUGGAUCCAAACACAGCAAACACAUAUCUGUUAUUGUCUGAGGGGAACAGAAAAGUAGAACGAACAAGUCAACAACAGUCUUAUUCUCGUCACCCAGACAGAUUCACUGGAUAUCAUCAGGUCCUGAGUAGAGAGAGUCUGACUGGACGUUGUUACUGGGAGGUGGAGUGGAGCAGGAGAGGAGUUCGUGUAGCAGUCGCAUACAAGAAUAUCAGAAGAGCAGGAGACUGGAAUGAAUGUCAAUUUGGAUGUAAUGACAAAUCUUGGAUGUUAGAUUGUAACACUGACAGUUAUAUAUUUUGGUUCAACAACAUCAUAAUUCCCGUCUCAGGUCCUGGUUCCUCCAGAGUAGGAGUGUACCUGGAUCACAGAGCAGGUAUUCUGUCCUUCUACAGCGUCUCUGAAACCAUGACUCUCCUCCACAGAGUCCAGACCACAUUCACUCAGCCUCUCUAUGCUGGACUUUGUCUUUAUUAUGGAGGCACAGUUGAGUUGUGUAAAGUCAAAUAGACAGAAGUCAUUUCAGACUUCAUGUGUCAGAUUCUGUUGUAAUUCUUCAUGUUUUUGUCUCCAUUGUG